CUUCCCUCAUACCUUGGCUUCAAACUAACUCGAUCCAUUACAAGCAAUUCAUUAAGGAGAACAACAAUAACCAUGACCUACAUGAGUCAGAUUCAAUCUCCAGCCUGUGGAAACCUUGUUGCCGUACUUAGCAUUGAUGGAGGGGGGAUUAGAGGAAUUAUUCCUGCUACCAUCCUUACCUUCUUGGAGGAGAAGCUCCAGAAUCUUGAUGGAGAGGAUGCAAGGCUUGCAGACUAUUUUGAUGUUAUUUCAGGAACCAGCACCGGUGGCCUCGUGACCGCAAUGCUAACUGCACCAAACGAGAAGAAUAGGCCUCUCUUUGCAGCCAAGGACAUCUUGUCCUUCUACGUGGAUCACAGUCCCAAGAUCUUCCCACAACCUUGGGAAGCAAUUGCUCGGGCCAUUGAAUCAAUCCGUCGAAUUUUGGGACCCAAGUACAACGGAGAGUACCUUCGUCAUAUUAUUAGGGAAAGAUUAGGGUGCUCGAAGUUGCACCAAGCAUUGACGAACGUGGUGAUACCUACUUUUGAUAUCAAGCAACUUCAACCUACCAUCUUUUCCUCCUACAAGGCAAGAGAUGAUGAAUUAAUGGAUGCUCAGCUAUCUGAUAUCUGCAUUAGCACAUCUGCAGCACCAACCUACCUUCCUGCACACUACUUCAAGACUAAAAACCACAAGGGAGAAGUGCGGGAAUUCAACCUCAUUGAUGGCGGCGUUGCUGCAAAUAAUCCGACGUUGAUCGCUCUUGGCGAAGUGAGAAAGGAUCAUUUUAGGAGGGAUCCUGAAAUCUUCUCAUCAACCAAAUAUAUAGACUGUAGCAAGCUCUUGGUUCUUUCAUUAGGCACCGGUAUACCGAAGAAUGAGAAGAAAUAUGAUGCCAAAAGUGCAGGAAAAUGGAGCAUUCUUGGUUGGUUGAUGAAUGGUGGUUCAAAUCCAUUGAUAGAUGCUUUCACCCAUGCAAGCAGUGACAUGGUAGACAUACACAUCUCUGCGGUCUUCGAAGGCGAUUUAGAAUCCAACUAUUUGAGAAUUCAGGAUGAUACGUUGGAGGGGCCAUUAUCCUCUGUUGACAUCUCCACAAAGGAAAAUUUAGAGAAUCUAGUGAAAGCCGGCGAAAAGCUACUAAAGAAACCUGUUUCAAGAGUUAACCUUGAGACAGGUGACUAUGAGAUUGUAGGCAAGAAAAGCAAUGAAGAAGCUCUUACAGAGUUUGCAAUGAAACUUUCUCAAGAACGAAAGCAGAGGAUGCUGGGAUCAUCAUCUACAAGAACUUGAUCUUUGUGCAUGCCAUAUCAUGAGUAGAUCCUGUGUGGUGCUGUGUGUCAGGUAGAUAGUCUUUUGGUUCUUUUGAUAUUUGUAUAUGCUUGUAGCUUCUGCAUUGCAAUUAUUUUAUUCUUUCUAAAAAUUGGUUGUAUUUAUAUUCUUUCCAAUAA